GACGGCCCCGGGCGGGAGGAGGAGGCCGCGCCAUGGCCCGGUGCGGGCGCUGCGGGCAGACGUUGCUGCUGGUCUGGCUACUGCUGGCCUGCCUGCCGGCCGGUUGCCUCUCCUUGCUGGUGACAGUGCAGGAUACUGAGCGUUACACCACCUUAUUUGCCAGCAUUACCCUCAAGUGUGACUACAGCACUUCAGCCCAGCUGCAGGACGUAGUGGUGACCUGGCGCUUCAAAUCCUUCUGCAAGGACCCCAUCUUUGAUUACUAUUCAGUCUCGUACCAAGCCAGUUUAGCUCUUGGCCAGGACCCGUCUGAUGACUGCAAUGACGUCCAACGAAAAGUGCGCAUUGUCAUCCAGAAAUAUGGGCAAAAUGAGCCUGUGCUGGGUGUUGACUACCGACAACGGAAGAUCACUAUCCAGAACCGGGCAGACCUUGUUAUCAGUGAGGUCAUGUGGUGGGAUCAUGGCGUAUACUACUGCACUGUGGAAGCACCAGGAGAUACCUCAGGAGAUCCGGACAAGGAAGUUAAGCUAAUUGUUUUACACUGGCUCACAGUACUCCUCAUCAUUCUCGGUGGCCUCCUCCUCCUCCUGCUGAUUGGAAUAUGCUGGUGCCAGUGCUGCCCCCAGCACUGCUGCUGCCACAUCCGGUGUGUCUGCUGCCCAACCCGGUGCUGCUGUAAUGAGAAAGUGCUGGAACGGCAUCGGUUCAUGAAGCGGGCUCAGGCGUUUGCACCUUGGAUGUUACCUAACAUGUUCUAUGGAGGUGCUGAUAGGAACUCACAGCUUUCCUCUUACCAGCUCAACCCUCUGCUGCAACAAGAUGUGUCUCUGCAGAACAGUCUUCCACUGGUGCAGCCACAAGCUCGACUUUCCCCUAAUAAGGGUGUUUUGGACUAUCUGGAAUCUGAAAUCCAAAACCUUAACCCGUCACAGCCCCGGCCACCCUCCAACCAGCGGCAGGCAGUGCAGCCCAGCUUACUGUCCUCCCUGGGCAGCGACAUCAUGCAGCGUGGCACAAAUGGUCUUCCUCCUUUCACUGGUCAUGUUUCUUCCUCCCAUGGGAGCAGCAGCUCCUCACAUCCACAGAGAACUACCCGCAGCCUCAGAACCUGGGGAGAGGACACAGCAGAGAAUAGGAGGGAAGAUCGGAGGUGGCCCCUGCCUUCCAGCGAAGAUUCUCGUUCCAGCUACAGUCGGGGGCCCCGGGACAGGCAGCGAGAGGACCAUCCUCCAAGGCAGAGGACAGGUGGAUAUGAUGGCAGGUCCCAAUACUCCAGGCGGGAUGUGUCGCCCACCCGCCAGACUGAGAGGGGAAAAAGCAGCAGCAGCAGCUGCAGUUUCUAUUCAGAGGAGGCCAAGGAGCGCUCCAGCCACCAUCGUGGCCGGAGACAACAGCCUGCAGUGAGGCGAGAGUAUCAGCAGCACACCAGGAACAGCAAUAACUCAAGGCACCGGCGGCACAGCUACUCCCCCCCUUCUCGACGGGGAUCAUGGAGCUCUUCAGAAGAGCAAAUCCGUCUCCCAGCGACAAACCGCAGGCGGCACAACCGGUCUCGGGAAUGGCCAGAAGAUAAACCUCCCAGUUAUCGCUCACUAGAAAUCAUCCCAGAUCGGGACAGCAAGCACAGAGAGGGUGCAGGGCCACGCUCGGACAGAGGAAGUUCCUAUAGUGCAAGAAGCAUUGUCAUUUAAUGCUGGUACUGAAAGAAUGAAGAUUCACACUGGACUCAUUUAACUUUUUUUACUAUAUAGUUGGGAUGACUGAUUUUGAUUGAACCAGCAAAAGAAAAACAAACAGAAGAUGAGACUGCUUUUGAGGGAGAUAUGUCUAGUGGACAUGGAAGCAAUACAUAACCCAUAUUUGUUCCUACCUUAAUUUGGAAACUUAAGUUUGUGAUGGGCUGAAAACAUGCAAUUGGAUACAGCGGAUUUUUGUAAUAAACAGUGUAUUCCCAGAGAUAUCAGUUGCCUUUGUUAGGUACCCUGACACUACAAGGAGGGCAGUAUGUAGAAUGCGGAUCCUUUGCACGCCAGUUACUGGGGGCUCAGAUAAUCAAAGAGAUGUAAAGUCACAGGACAGUAGAGUAAUUUAGGUUGGAAGACACCUCUGGAGCUCAUCUGACCCAGUCCCCUCAGAAUUUGCUGUAGAGAGGCAUGGCAUCUCCUUUCUGAGGCCCUCUAUUGUACUUCAGAAUUAUUUGAUGCUUGGUGCUUCUGCCUGGCUGUUCAGUGUAGUGUGGGUAGUUGCUCCCUUUUAUGUCUCUCUCCCAAACAGCAGAAUUCCAGUGUUAGAAGGAUCUACAAGCCUUACUAAGGGCUCACUGCAAUCUGCAAUUUGCCAGCUUAUCUGCCCUGUACUGACUGAAACACCCUGCUCUAUAUUACGCUUAGACCUUAGUACCUAAGAAGAUGCUUGUUCUAGCCUUUAACACAGACUUGAAUUUAUUUGUAAAUGUCAUGAGCUGAAUUUACCAAAGCUUGGUCAUCCCCACAGGAACUGAGCAUGGUAUGACUACUAUCUCUCGUACUGUAGACCAGAACUUCCUUUGACUCUAGGAAGCAUAACUUGAUGGAUGUAUAUUUCCUGGGCUGUAUACUCAUUUUAUGUUCUCCCUUUGCUCUCUCUACCAUGUAUUAUAUACAUGGGGUGGGAUAAAGGGCUCUGAAGAGGCCUACCAAUUUUUACUAUUGUCCUCUUGAUCUUUACCCUGACACAAAUCAAUUCUGAACACAUGGUGUAUCUGAUCUACCUAGAUGGUGGGGUUUUCUUGUCUCUUACCUUGCAACUUGAAUGCAGAAUUUCUAGAAUGCCAUGAAACUACCUGCAAAGGAGAAAAACUUGCCAUUUUUCCUUGAUGUGAUUCAUCCAUCCACUGUUAUCAUUUAAAAUGUACUGGAAAACUUGAUCUUCUGUGGGUGCUAUAGUUACAUGCUAGAUGCAUCCACAGGAAACUGAUUUACCAAAGACAUUCUUAAAUUAAAGAAACUCAGUCAUUGGCAGGGAGCUUUAGAAGCAUCUUGUGAAUUAUUUUGUAACUCAGAGGCAUUAGAGACUGGCCAAUGUCAGUUACUGUACUGUCCAGCUUAUUUCCCAGCCAGUGCCAUAGCUGAAUCCCAAGAUCGUAGCAUGGAAAAGUAUUUGCUUUCCUUUCAUGUUCCAAUACAUGUACAGCCAGUUUCCCCAAGAGUGGGAACUCUCUCAGACAGCAAGAAAACUGUGCAUAACAGCAGCAGCAGUUGUACCAUGAGCAUGUCAUCCAGAGGGGCCUUGAUAAACUUGAAAGAUGGGGCCUUGUGAACCUUAUGAGGUUCAACAAAGCAAAGUGCAAGGUUUUGUGCUUUGGUCGAGGUAAUCCCAGAUAUGUAUACAAACUGGGAGAAGAACUUCUUGAGAGUAGCCCUGCUGAAAAGGACUUAGGGGUGCUGUUUGAUGAAAAACUUGACAUGAGUCAGCAGUGUGUGCUUGCAGCCCAGAAAGGCAACGGUAUCCUGGGCUGGUGAUUGUCCCCUUAUACUCUACCCUCGUGAGGCCCCAGCUGGAGUUGUGCAUCCAAGUCUGGGGCCCCCAGCACAGGAAAGAUGAGGAGCUUUUGGAGGGGGUCCAGUGGAGGACUAUGAAGAUGAUUCAGGGACUGGAGCACCUCUUCUAUGAAGAUAGGCUGAAGGAACUGGGCUUGUUCAGCCUGGAAAAGAGAAGGCUGUGGGGAGACCUCAUUAUGGCCUUCCAGUAUUUAAAAGGAGUUCAUAAACGUGAAGGAAAUCAACUUUUUACACAGCUAGACAGUGAUAGGACAAGGGGGAAUGAUUUUAAACUAAAGGAGGAUAGAUUUAGAUUAGACGUGAAGGGAAAGUUUUUUACUGAGAGUGGUGAGGUGCUGGAACAGGUUGCGCAGAGAGGAUGCCCCAUCCCUGGAGGUGUUUAAGAGCAGGAUGGAUAUGACUCUGGGCAGCCUAAUCUAGUACUUGAUCUAGCAGCUGGCAAUCCUGUCUGUGGCAGGGGGGUUGGAAUUUGAUAAUCCUUGAGGUCCCUUCCAACCCAAGCCAUUCUGUGAUUCUACAAUUCAUGCUAACUGCAGAGGUUGCACUAUUUGAUCUAAAUCACAUGAAGGAGCUCUCCAUCUUUAUUCAUUACUGUGGUUCCCAUAACUGAGUCAGAAUGACUACCAUAGAUUGUGCGAAUGUGUGCAUGUUGUGCUGUGUGAAGUCUGAAGAGUUUUAUCUUUAUCACGUUUGAGCUCCUCUUCAGUCACUUUGUUCAUUUAUAGAAACAUUAAACGUAACACUUCAGGGAAAAGUGAUUAUAUCUCAGUCUUAAUUCUGUGACUUAAAAUUGCAGACAGAAGCAGAUUAGGUUAUCCAGCAGGGAAACAGCAAUGGUACCGGUUUUGGUAAGAUCUGGUCCACAAACCACUGUGGUUCAUAAAGCACUGAUCAGUGGUCUGUGAAAUAAUUAAAAAGGAAAUCUAUAUAUAUAUAUGCCUUGCAACUGCAAGCAGACAGAAAAGUAGGAAGGAAAUAGACUUUGAACGCUUAUUUCUGUUUUUAAUUAGCUAUAAAUGAAAGCCUUUGCAAUGGCACUGGUCAAUACCACGUAGACUUUAUUUAACAGUGAGAUUACAAGGCCUUUGACUUUUUAAAAGAGAGAGUAAAUUUUGCAGCUGAAAGACUGCACAGUGAAAGAACAGUAGGAAAUAGUUGAGCUUCAUUCUUUCUAGGUUGUACUUUACUCAUUUUUAACUUUUUAGCCAUUCCGAAAAGCUGAUGUUUGUGUGUCACCCAUUUGUGAUGAAAGAAAUAAAUAUGAUCUCAUUUGUGAGUUAUUUUAGACUUUUGUUUCUUCCUGUCGUGCAGGUGAAGGAAUAUACCUUACACCUAAGAAUGAAUUUUGUGUAUGAAAGUGCCUAGAUAGCCACUGGAGUUAUCUGUGUUAAAAUAAAGAAUAGGUGACUAUGCCAUGUGGAACAGAUAAGGAGAUCCACGCUGCUCAUGUCAGCUGCUUUCCACCUCAGACCAAAGAUUCAUAAGAAAGAUUAAAGAACUAUGUAUUUUUUAAUUUGAGUAAAAAAGGGCUUGCAAUAUCUGGCUUUCUUGCUUAUUUGCAGAGCACUCUGCCAUUCCAGGAAUGAAGGACAAGGACUGCUUUUUGUGCAAUCAUUGAUUUGGGCUUGGCAAUUGCCUGAUUGGCAGUAGAAAGUGCUGAAAGGCCCUGUUGCUAUCUGUGGGGCUGGAUUCAUGAUAGCACUGGGUAAAGUUAGACAAACUUAGCAGGGACAAAAGCUACCAUAGCACAAACCUCUUCAGAUAUACAUAUUACUACGUAGGGCAGCUAAAUUCCCUUUGUUUUACUACCUCAGGCAGCACAGCAGUUUAAAACACACCCUUAAUAUGGCCAGAGACUGCCAUCUGUUGACCUGAUUUAGAAGAGAGAUGACACUUGAGGUUAUAUUAAAUUCACCCCCACAGGUAAUGACUGCUUAUUGCUAUUUCUGUUAAUUUGAAUGCCUGUAAUGUGCCUUGUGCAGGUCUUCUGAACGUUAUCUCAGCUGUAAAAGCAGGCAGUAAAUCUGUAGAGUCUCCUUAGUGAUUGUAGAAUUUAUAAUUAAAAAUGAGAGAACUUAAAACUCUUGUUGUUCCCGUGUGUUCUUCCUAGACCAUAAAUUGCUUUUUAGUGUUUGCACGAGAAGUGGAACUGAAAAUUCUCUGUUCUGACUUCUAGAAGUAACCUUGUUAGACAUUAGUAAUAAUUUUCAUCUGUCUUUUUUUGCUUCCAUUGGGAUUUUUUUGGAUCAACGUUCUUCAUGUUUCAGGGGGCUUUUUCUUUGUUUUUCCAAGACAGAAGAUACUUUUAAUAAAUACUUCAUCGAGACAGUGGAAAAACUGGGAGGCCAUGGGCAGCCCUCUUUAAUGAUGUGACCUCAGUUGUAUCACUGCUGCACUCACUGAUUUGGCUGCCAUAUGUGUAAAAGGGUAAUGCUUACUGUUUGGUUUACAAUACACAAAGCUCCAUGAAGAAAAGUCUUCUAGAAAAACGUGUUGGGCUAUAAAUAAAGAUACUGGUUGAGCUUUUCAGAGAGUCCAUCUGUUAGUUGAAAUUCAUGUCAGUGACUUAGUAGGUGGCUAAUACUACUUUAUGUCACUGACAUAAGAUUGUUUUGUUGGAUCUCACAUUGUAGGUUUCAUGUAUGCCUCAUGCCUGCACCUUUUCCUCAGCUAAUGCCAUUUGUUGCUCCAUAUUGCAAAUUUUCUGCCUCCUGUUCAAUGGUUUUAUGUGUGAGAUACUGAUGGUUGACCUUACUGAAGACCCAAUGGGCUCUCGGAGAUUGAGCUAUGAUUGAGAUUGAGCUACAUUCCACAGCAUGGCACUACAGAUGCUUUCUGACUGGGCACAGUUCCCUAGGCAGUCUGGGUAGAAGUUAUGCUUCCCCUGUGCAGAUCUUGGCAAGUGGCUGAGAUUUACACCCAUUUUGUCAGCCUGCGCAAAAAGGCUUGGCUAUGGGGAAAAAUGAACUGUGAGAGUACUGUAUGUAUACAUAUACCUGUGUGCACCAGUUGGUUAAUACAUUUGUUGGAAACAGAGGGUGAACUGUGAAUGAGCAUAAUAGACACAAAUAAUUUGCAGCUGUCAAAGUGGUCGGCUUUCAACAUGAGCCUUCCCACAGGAACAGUGGGAGCAAAAAUCAGUCCAGCUGUAGCUACAGUUAAUGUGGAAUUUGGUCAGUUUAUGAAAGGGGCCUCUAUGACAUGGUUGCCUGAAAAUGUAGGGGGCUCAGUGACCCAGGAGCUGCCUUCCACGUCUCCUGUGCUCAGGUCAGACUGACCUUCCAUUACCAAAUCCGAACAACAGGUCCAGAGUCCUACACAGCUUCUUGUCCAUCCUGCUGAGCAGAAUUUGCUUGCAAAAGAGCAAAUGGGGAAACAAAGCAGGACCUUUGACCCCUCACUAUAUUAGUUCUGCAUAAAUGCCAGUGUCUCAGAUGAGCAUCAACCUCAGCUUCAGCCUGGGAGAGAGAAAGCAGGACAGCAGGUCUCUUGGUGUAAAGGGCUGAACUGGUACCAACAAACCAUGGUGCAAUACAGGGCAUUGGUGAUAGCUGUGAUUCUGCUCCUUAGCACCACUGUCCCUG